CGUCGAUCAAGCUCCCCAUUGCCCACGGAUGUAGUCUAGACGGCAUCCGGGCCUAUGCAGCUUUUAGCACGGUUGUUAACUACUCGUAUUCAUCACUGCAUCCUAUUAAAGCGGCUACAAUCUUUGAACCCUGCACCUAUUUUAGGCUACUGAUAACGUCUUGAGGGCUUUUCAGCGAGCAAGAUCACCAGAGAUGAGUUCUUAUACUUUACCCUCUAUCUUUCCACAACAAAUGCCCAAUCCCUAAAGUUUGCUGGCCAAACCGCCACGACAAUGUCGUCGACUCAGGCCUCCUCAGAACACAUGUUUCGAAGCAAUGGCGUCAAAGAGGAGGGACAUGUUACACAGAAAGGAAACGACGUCGAUCCCCUCACCCACACCUCAAGACAAUCGACUCACCAUAACACCCAUCUCCUCCAGUACCCUGAGGCUCGCUCUCUGGGCACCUCUCACCAUGCGGCCCCAUCAGAAAUGCUGUCGGGUCUCCUUCUCGAAGAUGCCAUCCUAUUCAACUCGAUCCGCAAGGUCGAGAACCCUCCAGAUAAAGUCCUCUUUUUAGCCCUGCUGGCUGGCGUCUGGGUUGGCAUGGGUGGAUUGGCCGCAGCCUCUGCUGCGGGCGGCAUCCCAGCGUCCGUGAGAGAGGACUGGGUUUUCUUAUCCAGAUUUCUCAUGGGUGCAUGGUUCGCUUUUGGUGUGUUGAUACCUAUUCAUGAUCAGAAGAGGAGGACAGUCAGUGAUGACUAAUAAUGGUCUACCUAUAGCACUGCACAUGAUUGCCAUGUUUGGCGGAGACCUCUUCACCGGCAACACUAUGACCAUGGCCAUUGGAUGGUACAAUCGUGUGGUUCCAUUCAGAGCCUUGCUCCUCAAUUGGCUCCUCGUCUACAUUGGAAAUUGGGGCGGCACGUUGUUCAUGGCCUACUUCUUUGGCUAUCUGGGCAACAUGUUCGGGACUCCACAGUAUCGCUCAUACCUGGACUAUGUCGUCCUUGCUAAACUCGAGCAUCUGACGUGGGGACAAGUUCUCAUUCGGGGUAUCGGUGCGAACAUCAUGGUCUGUAUGGCCAUGACACUCGGUAUUGCGGCUCGAGGUGCGGCCGGGAAGAUUAUAGCGCUUUGGUUUCCAGUGGUCAUGUUCGUCAUCUGCGGAUUCGAGCAUUGCGUCGCCAAUAUGUUUUUCACGUCGUUGGGCCUGAUGUACGGUGCUGGUCCUUCUACCAUUGGACGGCAAUGGUACAACCAGUCUGCUGCAGCACUCGGGAACAUCAUCGGUGGUGCUAUCUUCAUGGGACUUUGUGAACACGUCAUGAAUCAUUGGAAGAGCCCGAUAUUCCGAUCAAGAGGUGCUGGAACGGGCACCCUGACCGGACAUGAAGUAGAAAGCACUAGACGUGCUCAGGACAGCAGUACUACUUCUCUAAUCCGGGUGGCUUCAUUGAGCAAGUCCAACAGACGACAGAGGCAUGUCGAAGAAGAAGAGACUGAUACACCAAGGAGCGGAGAGUCACGCGAAAAUGAAGAGGAGCGAAAACUUCCAUCAUUCUUCGAAUCGAUACUUGGACGCCGCGAAGGUAACAAAGGUCGCCAGUCACACCCCAAAGAUAUGGUUUAGACUGGGAGUUCCAUCCCCAUAGACAUUCAUAGACAAUGAUAAUGAGUUGGUUAUAGGAGCUUUGACCACAUACGAAUUUAUGUUAAGUUGGGGAGAGUGACACAGUCUUGGCCUUGGUUGAUAUACAUUCUCGUAAUGAAAGACUAUCCUUAUAUUUAGACUACUACGGGAGGCGGCG